GCCAAUGCUGUCUGUUAUUGACGGCUUAUAUGUGGACCUUCGAGGCAGAUAAGUUCUCAGGUUGUUCAAUAUGAUAAACGCGCGUCGACCUUGACGAAAUGGUAGUAGUGGGCGUUUUAGUUUAACAAACAAAAUAAUUUAAAAGUAACUUUUAAGCCUUCAUGUAUCCCUGGUCAAACGAACCAGGCUUUUCCUUCCGAAUAACAUUAUAACGAUUCCUAUUUGCACAUAAUGUUUGCAUAACUAACAAAGUUAAUGUUUAGUAUAGAAACAAAGAUUUUAUGAAAAAAUAACCAAUAAAAUUGAUGUUCUUCUCAAAUGUUUUUUUUCGUGAAUUUUGCAAACCACUUAAAAAAACACCGAGUCGAGAAGGAUUAUAUGAAGCAAUAAACGGUUGAUAAUACGAUAAACAGAUUUUUAUUAUGACAAGCACAUAGAUAUAAGAAAAGUUGUAUUUAAUUUGAAAAAAAAAAAAAAAAAACGUUUGAAGAAAACACAAGAAAAGUGUAACGCGAUUCAUGACUGAGAAGAGAUGAAACAGCGUGAAGAGAUGGAAAACGCUUUGAAGAUAAAAAUAAACAGCAUCGUGCAAAAAAUCGAAACAGGGAAGGAACGUGAAGAAGAACUGAAAGAAAAAAUCAAAAAUAACUACGAUCAAGCGGAGAAAGAAGAAAGUAUAGUCAUGGAACUGCACGCGAAACUUCAAUCACUAGAAGCGACGUUACGAAAAAAAGAGCGGGAUUACGACAGCUUAAAAAACGAAUAUUUCGACGCGCAAGUCGAAGCUGAUAGUGUCGAAGAAUACUGGAGACGAGAAGAAAACCAAUCAAUGGAUGAUAUCGAGAAAGGAAACGCAUUACGAAGAGAAUACGGCGACGUGUUGAUCGAAAACAAUCAACUGAAGGUUCGGUCGCAAGAUGUCAUGCGUGAAAUUACUAAGAUGGAACAACAGCUCUGUGAGGAAGAGUCAUUGCGUGAUAAAGAGGAGGAGCGAGUAGAAGGACUUCAAGUUGAGUUGGAAAAAAUUACGGACAGAUUAAACACAGUGAUAACACGGCAAGAAGAGUUGCAAAAAAAGGACAUCGAGCAAAGAAAAAAACUCGAUCAUUUCAAACAAAAACAUGUUGAAACAGAGAGCAAAGCAAAUCAAAUGGAGUUUGAAGUCAAGGAGAUGGAGAGCACUUUGGAACGGUUGACAGAAACGUUGGCGGCCAUGAAAAUCGAGCAGAAAAAGUUGGAGACUAUGCUUUAUCAGGAGAAAAAUAAAUUGGAAAAUGAGGAAGAAACUAACACAAGGAAAAAUGAGUAUCAUAAGGCACAAAAUAUUUCCCUUCCAAAAAAAAUACUAAAAAAUAGUAAUGACAAUCAUAACAUUGAAAUUACAUUAUGAAAUAUUGAAAACCAGAGAUUGGAAUCAAAAUUACAAAAAAAUAUAUUAUUUACAGUUAUGGACUUGGAAAACAGAAGUGUGAGCAAGAUUUUAGAUGCAGAUUUUGAGUUCACGCUAGUAAAGCACGUUGCCUAUACUGUUUAAUAACAAAUUAAUAAAGAAAUAUUAUUUUUAUAUUUGUUAAAACUUAUUUCAUUUAUAUUUCAUAAAUUAUCGACAGACAAUGUAUUAUUUAUUUAUUAACGUGUGAAAAUUUACUUUUCCCUGUAUAUAAUAACUUGUAGUCGUGA